AGAGAGAGAGAGAGGGAGAGAGAGAAAUAAUAUAUAUAUAUAUACAUAUUGCAUUGUAUACGAUUUUGGGAGCUACAGAAAACCUACAGUGUUUUUGUUUCGUUUAAACGGAUAAAUAAUUGUACAAGGAAAGAAGUAUUAUUAAAAGUUUCAUCGUGAUCAUCAGAUUUGAAAGAGGAAUUGAAAAGAAAAUAGUAGAAGAUUUUGGAUAGUUUGUCGUAGCCGGUGUCGCGACUGGGAGUACGCGACGCCGCCGGCGCGAUAAGCCGAAAAGAGUGCGGUAAUCGAGUGUGCGCGAAGUGCCGUGCCUCUUCUUUCCUCGUCACUGUGGGAAAAUACAGCCGCUACGGUGGCUCAGCACGCAGAGUUCCCCGGCGCGGCCAGGGCGUUCAUGGCGCAGCCAAGGUACGACGAUGGCGGGCUGCAUGGGGCCUACCUCGAGGCAGGUGGUGGGGGUGGAGGAGCAGGGCUAUACGAUCCACACGGUAGUGCCCGCGGUGUACCGGGUCUACAUCACAGCCCUCACCUCGGGGGUAUGGGACCGGCCCACCCUCAGUAUCCCCCGCCCGCUGCAGCCUCGGCGGUGCCCGAUGUACACAAACGCGACAAGGACGCCAUUUACGGACAUCCCUUGUUUCCGCUACUCGCAUUGAUAUUUGAGAAAUGCGAAUUGGCGACGUGUACACCGCGUGAGCCCGGUGUUGCGGGAGGUGACGUUUGUUCGUCUGAAAGUUUCAACGAGGACAUUGCAGUUUUUUCCAAACAGAUCAGACAAGAGAAGCCCUACUAUAUAGCAGAUCCGGAGGUUGACUCGCUGAUGGUUCAAGCGAUUCAAGUCCUUCGAUUUCAUCUCCUCGAACUCGAAAAGGUGCACGAGCUCUGCGACAAUUUCUGCCAUCGAUACAUCAGCUGUCUGAAGGGUAAGAUGCCGAUCGACCUGGUGAUCGACGACCGGGAGAGCUCGAAGCCACCAGAAAUGGGUAACGGGCUAGACGGAGGCGGUCCAAGGAGCACAGCCGACAGCACCAGCCACACGGACGGAGCUAGCACGCCCGACGUCAGGCCACCUUCUUCGUCGCUUUCCUAUCCUGGUGCAGGUGGUAACGACGAUGCACGUAGUCCUGGAAGCGGUGGUACACCUGGACCACUCAGUCAACAAGCACCUACCAGUUUGGAUUCCUCGGACCCCGAUGCCAUGGGAAAAUGGUGUCCGCGUAGAGAAUGGAGUUCGCCGCCGGAUGCGCAAAGAGUGGCGAGCGAUGCUGCGCGUCGUGGGGUCCUUUAUUCCUCCGUCUUCCUCGGCAGUCCCGGUGACGCGAGCAACGCGAGUAUCGGUAGCGGCGAGGGCACGGGCGAGGAAGACGAUGAUUCUUCGGGUAAGAAGAAUCAGAAGAAGAGAGGAAUCUUCCCGAAAGUUGCGACCAACAUUCUCAGGGCGUGGCUGUUUCAACACCUAACGCAUCCGUACCCUUCGGAGGAUCAGAAGAAGCAACUUGCACAGGAUACGGGGUUGACGAUUCUUCAAGUUAAUAAUUGGUUUAUCAACGCGAGGCGUAGAAUCGUACAGCCGAUGAUCGAUCAAAGUAAUCGAGCCGGUCCUAGCGGGGCGUACAGUCCGGACGCGACGAUGGGUUAUAUGAUGGACGGACAGGCGGCUAGCAUGAUGCACCGGCCGCCGGGUGAUCCCGCCUUCCACAACCAGUACCAUUACCCGCCCGAGUACUAUGGACAUCACUUAUAAAGCAGUAACGUAUCCAGAUAAAAACGAUGGAAUGACGGUUCUUGCGGAUUGGAAAACGUAGAAUUGCGUUGAGACCACCGUGCUCCAGCCGGCGAAACCCCGUGAGUUACGGAAGGACGAACGCGAAGGAAUAAAAAGAAAGUACGAAGGAGAUGAUAAUCUGCCCAAAAAAAGGAAUAUAUCGAUGAUCCCUUCCUUCAAAAAAAAAAAAGGUAGAAGGUGUAACUCGGAUCGUUGAUGAUAAAAGGAAGAAAAGGAUAUCAAAAAUGGAGCUGAGAAGGUCUUAGGUGGAAAAGAAGACGGAAAGAAGAAAGAAGAAAGAAGAAAGAAGAAAGAAGAAAGAAGAAAGAAGAUGAAAACCGUCUUGAGUUGGUGUAAGAAAUGAACGAUUCGAUUGAAGAAUAAAUGCACCACAAAAAUGUGCUACGAAAAGAAGAAAGAAGAAAGAAGAGACGAAAAUGAAGGAACGGUGGAUAGUACGCGGUCAACGCUUGGCAAGGAGAACAUGAAAAUGAAGAUUUAAAAAAAUGAAGAGUAAAAAGAAGAUAAAGAAAAUGACCGCGAGGGAAUUCAUGUGAUUGUUCUUUGUACAAAUGUCGCGGUGUAUUAUUGUAGUGAAUGAAGAAUUUAAAUGUUAAAUUUUAAUACCGAUCGCAAUCGAGAUAUAAUUAAAUAUGAGAACGAGUAUAACGCGGUGAUAUAUAGGCAAUUUAGCGGACAUGUACAUUAAACGAGGAGAGAAUAAAAAAAGCGAUGCAAGUAAGAGAGAGAGAGAGAGAGAGUAAGAUAGAAAGAGAUAAAAAAAGUAAGGAAAUGAAAAGUCAAAGAGAAAGAGUAAGACAGGACAUUAUUAAGAGAACCAAGAAAGAAUAAAACUCUCACAACAAGCUCGCUUAGGAAAAAAGGAUUGAAAAAAAAGGUUU